CCGAGAUCUCCAUAAUUAUAGAUGCCAACAUUGACGUAACCACUCAUUGCUUGUUACUGGGCCUCCCACAUCCACCCUCCAAGUCCGAGCUUUACCGUCCUGUUCACUUCUCUACCAUCCCAUCAUAACUCGAUCUACGCCAUCUACAUCUCCCACCAUCUAUACUUGCAUUGCACCAACCUACCUGCAGCAUCGAAGAUCUUGACCAUUUUCGGACGACAGCCCACCAGUAUGGCCCAAAACGCCUUUUCGCUAGCUUCUCGCACCAAGCUUUCCAAUGGCCUGUCAAUGCCUACCAUCCAGUUGGGUGUGUACCUCACCUCGGGUCGUGAGACCUCCCGAGCGGUGCGUUUAGCUCUCGAGUCUGGGUAUCGUGCAGUAGACAGUGCCCAGAUGUAUGACAACGAAGCAGAAUCGGGCAAAGCUAUAUUGGAUUUCCUAUCCAGUGGUGCCAAUGUGGAUGGUCUCAAGCGAGAGGACAUCCACUUCACAUCGAAGCUUGCGUCCAAUUCGGCGUACAGCACAGCCCGCGAUGCCAUCAAGAGAUCCGUCAAAGAAUGCGGACUGGGCUACAUCGACCUCUUCCUUCUGCACUCACCGUAUGGGGGCAGGGAGGCCCGCCUGGAGAGUUGGCGUGCUGUAGAGGACGCCAUUGCCGACGGGGAAGUUAGGAUCGGAGGCGUAUCAAACUAUGGCGUCAAGCAUUUGCAAGAAUUGCUAGACUCAAAGCCAAAGAUACUUCCAGCGGUCAACCAGGUGGAAGUUCACCCGUUCAAUACUCGGACCGACAUUGUUGAAUUUUGUCACAAGAAUGACAUUGUUGUAGAAGCAUAUGCCCCUCUGGUACGAGCCCUGCGGAUGAAGCACCCUACGAUAGUAUCUCUAUCGAAGAAGUAUCAAUGCACGCCAGCGCAGCUCCUGGUACGAUGGAGCCUUCAAAAGGGUUACGUGCCACUGCCAAAGAGCGUCAAGAAGGAGAGGAUCAUCGAGAACUCCCAGGUCGGCGGGUUCUCCAUCGAACAGGUAGACAUAGAGAAGAUGGAUGGACUGGACGAAUAUCUCGUGACAGACUGGGACCCCACCAACUGUUCGUGAUUGGGAUUGGGUAGUAGACAUUGUUUUUGCGUGGGCAGGCAGUGGGAAACAGGGUGGGUAAAUAGGCAGUGGGCAGUGGGCAGUGGGCAGUGGGUUGUGUGGGUUAUGUGUGUGUGAGAGUGUUAUGGAUGUGCAGAGGAUGUGCAGAGGAUGUGCAGAGGAUGUUACGAGGCAAGAUGGAGACAAUGGACCAUGGCCACAAUAGGCAUUUGGAGAGGAAUGCAACGCACCACCAAUAUAUGAUCCAUCCAAUGGAUACCUAUUUGACCUAUCCCCACUUCCGUAGAGGUAGAGAGGACAGCGCGUACGUAUUGUGUUAUGUCGUAGAUGAAGUAACUCCAGUCCUCCGGUCCUCCGGUCCUCCCCGUGGUGGUGGCGGGGCGCGUGGGGGAUGCGGGCACAUACGUACUCAGAGUAUGUACACAGAAGUUGGGUGUGAAGUUGGUUUUCCGGGCGGAGUUGGGAGCGGAGCACGGCU